AUGCCUCAGUGCCCCUCCAGCUCCGAGCCUGGAAGAAUGAACUCCACGAUGGUGGAAGCCGGCAGCCCCAACCCCAACGUCACCCCUGCUGCUACUGCUGCUACUGGCAUGAUGGACCUGUGGACGCCACAGCAAGCCCCUCUGACCCCGGACAUGGCGAGCCCCACCAUCUUCCCCCGGGUGGGCUACAGCAUCAUCUCCUACCUCAUGUUCAUCAACACCCUCCUGUCCGUCUUCAACAACACGCUGGUGAUCGCCACCCUGGCCAGGAACCCGCAGCUGCUCAACGCCAUGAACGUGAUCAUCAUGAGCCUGGCGGUGUCCGACCUCAUGAUCGCCUGCUGCGGAUCCGCCAUCGUCACCCUCACCAACUACAAGGGAUACUUCUUCCUGGGCAAGGAGUUUUGCAUAUUUCAAGGAUUUGCCGUCAAUUACUUUGGUCUGGUGUCCCUGUGCACGCUGACGCUGCUGUCCUACGAGCGCUACCGGGUGGUCUGCAAGCCCAUGGCUGGCUUCAAGCUGACCAUGCGCCGCAGCUCCCAGGGCCUGCUGUGCGUCUGGCUCUUCUGCCUCUUCUGGGCCGUGAUGCCGCUGCUGGGCUGGAGCUCGUACGGCCCCGAGGGGGUGCAGACCUCCUGCUCGCUGGGCUGGGAGGAGCGAUCCUGGAGUAACUACAGUUACCUCAUCUUCUACACUAUACUCUGCUUCCUGGUGCCCACCACCAUCAUCAUAUACUGCUACGCCAAAGUCCUCAUCAGCAUGAAAAAGCUGAACCGUAGUGUGGAGCUCCAGGGGGGUUCCUCCAGCCUGGUGGAGAAUGAGCGUGCCAGCCGCAUGGUGUUGUCCAUGAUCGUGACCUUCUUCCUGUGUUGGCUGCCCUACACCGCCCUCUCCGUGGUGGUGGUGGUGAACCCCGAGCUGCACAUCCCCCCACUGCUCGCCACCAUGCCCAUGUACUUCGCCAAGACCAGCCCCGUCUACAACCCCCUCAUCUACUUCCUCUCCAACAAACAGUUCCGUGAGUGUGCCCUGGAGGUGGUGUCGUGUGGCCGCUACAUCCCCCACGGGACCGGAGUUCCCAGCAGCCUGCUCAUGGCCCCUAUCCUCCACCGCAGCAUCCGCCUCACCAGCACGCCAAGGCAAAGCAGGAUCGCCCCCGUCUGACCUUCAUCU